CCACGUGGCUCAGGGCUCACUUGGGCUUGGAUGCUGUUCCCUUAAGGCACAACAGGUGGAAAUGCAGGGCUAGAAGUAUGAGUAUUUAAAACUGGCUGGCACUGCCCGAGCCUGGUGUCCUGGAAGGAAACAGGACAGACACACACUCACACAAGGAGGUCCUGGGGUCAACCACGAAGCCAGGAGCGGUGAAGCAAAGAGAAAGCAAGAAGUACAAAAAGGUCUGCAGAAGUAACCUGACGUGGAAUGCAAGAAGAAUGAUUUUGCUGGCAUUCAUCCUCCUGCUCUCCUUCCUCCCAGCUGAAUCUGCAAAAAGCAGAUAUCCUCCCAAAGCAAGCUUACACCCGGUGUUCGGACCGCAGCAGGUGUACGGCCUGAUCGAUGGCUCCGUUACCAUCAAGUGCUUCUACCCUCCCUCAACGGUGAACAGACACGAUAGGAAGUACUGGUGCAAGGAAUCCUCCAGGAGCUGCCUGACUGUGAUAUCCACCAGUGGAUACACAGCACGGAGCUACCAGAACAGAGUCACCAUCACCGACUUCCCGGAGCUGGGCAUCAUGCUGGUCAACGUCUCACAGCUGGCCCUGACAGACCAAGGCACCUACCAGUGUGGCAUUGGGCUCAAUGGCAAGGGGCUCUCCAACAAGGUCAGACUGGAUGUUUCUGAAGGUCCAGACGUACCCGAGGAAGCUGAGCUCUACUACGUGAAGCUGCAGGGCUCUGUGAACAUGCCCUGUGACUUCGGGGCAGAUUAUGCCAGCACAAGGAAGUUUUUGUGCAAGAUGGAGAAGAGCGGCUGCCGCAACAUCGUUGACACUUAUGGGGAAGUAGAUUCGGAAUUCCAAGGGAGAGUCCUGCUGAGCAAUGAUAACACGGAAGGAGCAUUCAGCAUCAUGAUAACCCAGGUGGCCUGGGAAGAUGCUGGCCUGUACCUGUGUGGGGUUGGCUCCUAUGGAGAGUAUGGAAAAACAAAGGAGCUGAACGUGCACGUCUAUGAGGGGGUAAACACUCCACAAGAAAAGGACAUCAUAUUUGGAGUAAAUGGAAGUUCAGUAACUAUCGAUUGCCGCUACGACCCGGCCAAGAAUUACACGCUGAAGUAUUUGUGCAAAUGGAGAAAAACAGGCUGUCACUGGAUCAUAACUAACAAUGGCCUCCAGUCGAUCUCAUUUGAAGGACGAGUGGCCAUGUUUGACAACCCAGAGAAUGGCACAUUCAGCAUCAUCCUGAACCAGCUGAGCAGCAGCGAUGAGGGCUUCUAUUGGUGCAUGACAGAUGAUCACGGGGAGAGGAAAACAUCCAGGGAGCUGAAGAUCAUAGAAGGAGUGCCUGGAUUAACAGGAAAGGAGGAAGUGCAGGCAGAAGUGGGCUCACGGGUGGACUUGACGUGUUCCUACUCAUGCAAAUACUACUCCUAUGAGAAGUAUUGGUGCAAGUGGAGCAGAGAUGGCUGCACCCCACUGACUGCUUCUGACCAAAGCCAACCAGGGCUGGAUGUCAGCUGUGACACUGCCAACAAAACACUCAUCCUGAGCCUCGACUCUGUGGCCGUGGAGGACCAGGGGUGGUAUUGGUGUGGGGUGAGACGCCAUGGCCACUAUGGGGAGACCAUGGCAGUGUCCCUGCAGGUGGAUGGAGGCAAAGCUGCCGAGAUCAGCCCGGAGCUCCUGGAUCUGGAAGCCAGCAAUACUGCUGCUCCUGGUGAGGCUGUUCUGCAGGGCAGAGCCAACAACGAUGCUGGGGUGCAAAGGGCAGCCACCUCAGAAAGCUCUGAGCAAAGCUCUGGCUCCACCACUCUUGCUUUAAUCCUGGGCCCCAUUGGUGCAGUUCUCCUGGUCCUUGCUAUAGCUUUUGCCGUCUUUAAAUAUCGCCAGAUCAGGCGAUCAGAUCUGGUGUCGGUGGGCAGCUACAGGACCAACAUCAGCAUGUCAGACUUUGAGAACGCAAGGGAGUACGGAGCAAACGACAACAUGUGCAUGAAGCAGAGCCAGGAGACCCAGCUGGGAGGGGAUGAAUUUGUCACCACCACAGCCAACAUUGAAAGCACCGCUGAGACAAAGAAGGCAAAACGGGGCUCCAAGGAGGAUGCUGACCUCGCCUACUCGGCCUCACUCCUCACCCCCAGCAGUGUCACCCAGAGCUCCGUGGGGGACAGCACAGCCCCGGCUGAGGCCCCCCCUCUGUGGGGUGGUUCGGUGUGAGGGCGAGGGAUGGGGACAUGCACUGGGGGCAGGCUCUGCUAUGGGGCUCACUGCUAGAGCUCAGCCUGCUGCGCUGCUUGCUGCUGCCCCCAUUUGCUAUUGCUUGAUUUUCCGUCUUUAAAUUCAGCUUGGAGCAGAGAUUCAGCCAGAAUCAUAAAGGCUGAGCCCCAGCAUCACCAGCGUAGCCAGGGCCCUCUUCGACGCUCCCAAAGACUACAAGAAAUGUAUUUUUAAAUCUUUUUUUUAUAAUCUCUUUUUUUUUUUUUUUUUUUUUUUUUUUUUUUUUCCCCUGGAAAUCUCUUUAGGGCAAUGCCUUUUGCUUUUGAUUUCCCUCUGCUCUCCUGGUCAUAGGGCAGCAGCUGCAGACCAGGAGUGCCUGGGGUUGUUCAUGUCCAAUAAAGAUACAAGCAGCUUUCAGCAGA